AAUCUCUCAUUGCCAACAAGAGGGUUUCCUCCAAAAAGGGUUCCAAAAAGAACACAUAAUCGAACCCAAAUCAAAAUCAGCCUUCAAUCAUCUUCGUUUUUCUCUUAAAUCCGCCAUUGUUUGAUGAUAAUGAUGUGAUCAAUUAUGUUAGCGAACGAAAACUUGAAUUGAUUUCGUGAUCAGAUGAUCAAGGGGAGUCGAAAUGUAGAAAAUGCUCGCGGUUCAGCUCCUGCACAAAUUUGCCUCAAUUCGUGAUCAAAAUCAACUCCAUUAUCGCUAUGUCAAGGCUCUUGGCUGUCAGAAAUAUUAAAAGAAUUGCACAAUCGAUUCGAACAAACAAUAGGAGAAUUCAAUCAGAAGAUGGGUCAGUCGAUAGAAUUGGUCUACGUUCCUCCCAAUAUGGGGUAUACUCGCAAUAUACGCUCUAUAGUAGGCGAAGUUCUUCAUUUUCGGCAUGCAAUGCCGAAUACGGUUUCGGAAAGACCACUUUUCAGAGAAAUUAUUGUGUUGUCCCGAAUUAUAGAAUCACACAUAAUGCUCAAAUUGGGUUAAAAAGAGUAUCUUGGAGUUCAUUUCACAAUGGGAAAUGUUUUUCUCCUCUAAGUCGGAUUUCUCAAGCAUUUAGUUUGGCGUUGAGCCGCUCGUAUGUGGUUAUUCCGGGUAUAUUUGCGUUAAUGUGCGGGAAUAUGGCAUUUGCACAAACAGGGCAAAACGUGGAAUAUUUUCAGCCAAGAAAUACUUUAUACAUGCACGCGGAAGAUGGGCAUGCGCUCUUGAUUUCAUCGAUCCUUUCGGUAUUUGAAGGUUUAGUAUUGUUGGUGAGAGCUUUAUAUUUAGCGAUUUUGUUCUCGCCCAGUAUAGCAAUGGCUCCAUUUGCGGAGUAUUUUGGUAGCUCGUCUAGAAAAAGAUGGCUUCGGAUCGUUCGCCGAACGUUAGAAAUAGCAGGUCCCGCUUUUAUAAAAUGGGGUCAAUGGGCAGCAACAAGACCAGAUCUUUUUCCAAGAGAUUUGUGCACGGAACUCUCGAAACUUCAUACCAAAGCUCCCGAGCAUAGCUUUGCUUACACGAAAAAGACGGUUGAGAAGGCUUUCGGUCGUAAAAUUUCUGAAAUCUUCGAUGAUUUUGAAGAGGUUCCAGUUGCAUCAGGGAGUAUUGCUCAAAUUCAUCGGGCUUCUUUGAAAUACAGAUAUCGUGGAAAGCAGAUCAAGCCGUUAAUUGUUGCGGUUAAAGUGAGACAUCCCGGAGUUGGUGAAUCGAUUAGACGAGAUUUUGAGAUCAUUAACGUAGUAGCCAAGAUUUCAAGAUUUAUACCCACUUUGAAAUGGUUAAGAUUGGAUGAAAGUGUACAACAAUUUGCGGUUUUUAUGAUGUCACAAGUGGAUCUUGCGCGGGAAGCUGCUCAUUUAAGUCGUUUCAUUUACAACUUUAGGAGAUGGAGGGAUGUUUCAUUUCCGAAACCCGUAUAUCCGCUUGUUCAUCCUGCGGUUUUGGUGGAAACUUUCGAGCAAGGAGAAAGUGUUGCACAUUAUGUUGAUGAACUUGAAGGACAUGAACGACUUAAAAGCUCUCUUGCUCACAUUGGUACCCAUGCACUUUUGAAGAUGCUUCUGGUCGAUAACUUCAUUCAUGCGGACAUGCAUCCCGGAAAUAUCCUUGUACGGAGCAAGUCUUCUCGUAAAGGGAUCUUCAAAUCGAAGCCUCAUGUUGUAUUCCUUGAUGUAGGCAUGACUGCUGAACUUUCAAAGAACGAUAGAGUGAAUUUGUUGGAAUUUUUCAAAGCAGUUGCUCGUCGAGAUGGUGAAACUGCAGCAAAGUGCACCUUGAGGCUAUCAAAGCAACAAAACUGUCCUAAUCCACAAGCCUUUAUAAAGGAAGUUACGGAAUCGUUCGAUUUUUGGGGUACUCCAGAAGGUGACGUUGUCCACCCUGCCGAUUGCAUGCAUCAAUUGUUAGAGCAAGUGAGGCGUCAUCGAGUCAAUGUGGACGGAAAUGUCUGCACCGUGAUGGUUACAACCUUGGUUCUUGAGGGUUGGCAAAGGAAGUUGGAUCCGGAUUAUGAUGUUAUGCAUACGCUACAAACGUUGUUACUAAAAGAAGAUUGGGCAAAGUCACUAACCUACACGAUCGAAGGAUUGAUGGCUCCAUAAACACGAUACUCGGUCUCCAAAAAAGAUUUUGUAAAACCACGUGUUGAUAGUUGUUUCAAGAAUAUAUUGAUUCGUUCAAUCGAACGAUUUCCAAAGGGAAAUUUUUUGUCGAUGAAGGUGUAAGUUCAUGAAAGAACAAUAGUAGCAAUAAAUAUACGAUAAAGACGUCCUUUCUUCGUUUAUGUUGUUCUGGAUUCCUCUCAAGAUGUUAGAGAUUUUUUCUCGUUG